GCAGGGAGCGGAGCCCUUUAGAGUUGGGUGACCCCUAUUUUGGCCGUGUGAACAGGAUCUGAUCCCAAGGACUGUUACCUCUAUUCUUGUCUAGUUUGCAGUGUUAGAAAAGCAACCAUGCCUUUCGGAAACACCCACAACAACUUCAAGCUCAACUACAAAGUUGAGGAGGAGUACCCUGACUUGUCCAAGCAUAACAACCACAUGGCCAAGGUUCUGACCAAGGACCUGUAUGCCAAGAUGAGGGACAAGCAGACACCAAGCGGCUUCACCCUGGAUGAUGUCAUCCAGACUGGUGUUGACAACCCCGGUCACCCCUUCAUCAUGACUGUUGGCUGUGUCGCUGGUGACGAGGAGUCCUAUGAGGUCUUCAAGGAUCUGCUGGACCCCAUCAUCUCCGACCGUCAUGGUGGAUACAAGCCCACUGACAAGCACAAGACCGACCUGAACUUUGAGAACCUGAAGGGCGGUGAUGACCUGGACCCCAACUACGUUCUGUCCAGCCGUGUCCGUACUGGCCGCAGCAUCAAGGGAUUCACCCUGCCCCCCCACAACAGCCGUGGCGAGCGCAGAGCGAUUGAGAAGCUGUCCGUCGAGGCUCUGACCAGCCUGGAUGGUGAAUUCAAGGGAAAGUACUACCCCCUGAAGUCCAUGACUGAUGCUGAGCAGGAGCAGCUGAUUGCUGAUCACUUCCUGUUUGACAAGCCCGUCUCCCCCCUGCUCACCUGCGCUGGUAUGGCCCGUGACUGGCCCGACGCCAGAGGCAUCAUGCACAACGACAACAAGACUUUCCUGGUGUGGGUGAAUGAGGAGGAUCACCUGCGUGUCAUCUCCAUGCAGAAGGGUGGCAACAUGAGGGAGGUCUUCAAGCGUUUCUGCGUCGGCCUUCAGAAGAUUGAGGAGAUCUUCAAGAAGCACAACCACGGCUUCAUGUGGAACGAGCAUCUGGGCUACAUCCUGACCUGCCCCUCCAACCUGGGAACCGGUCUGAGAGGCGGCGUCCACGUCAAGCUGCCCAAGCUGAGCACGCACGCUAAGUUUGAGGAGAUCCUCACCAGACUGCGUCUGCAGAAGCGUGGCACAGGUGGUGUAGAUACUGCCUCUGUGGGUGGCGUGUUUGACAUCUCCAACGCCGAUCGUCUGGGCUCCUCUGAGGUGGAGCAGGUGCAGCUGGUGGUUGAUGGUGUCAAGCUGAUGGUGGAGAUGGAGAAGAAGCUGGAGAAGGGAGAGGCCAUCGACAGCAUGAUCCCUGCCCAGAAGUAAAGAGAACCGAUCUUGGGUUUUUUUUUUCUUCUUCUUCUUCUUCAUCUUCUCAUGACCAUCUCAUGUACACUGGAGCCGACUGGUGGGCGCGUAGAGGAAAAACAGCAGCUCAUGGAGAGACUCUUGACUCUGCUCACCUCCUUUUUCCUCUUUCCAGCUUCUUGUUCCUUGUCCUUUUUUUUUCAAGUUUUCUAGCGUUGGUUGGUAACAUCCUGGGAUCAACCUCCACUGUGCUAGGCUCGCCUGGCAAAUGUGGCAACACCCGCUUUUUGUUGUAAAAAGUAACAAUUGAUCAAAACAGUUUACUCUCAAUAAAAAGCGCCCCAUGAAACAAA